AUGCCUCUCCCUAGCCGUAGUUCUAAAUGGGAACGGCUCAGCACCAAAUUGCACUGGCACAGCCCCAGAUCCCUGUCGGCGACCCCAAACUCCGAAAAGAACCGCUUGUCGAAGGGCACAAAUGUUCAAUAUGGCGAAAUUGCCACCAGGGUCAAUUCUUCAGGGCCUCGCCGCGGUGUGUCACCGGCUUCACAGAGAACAUUGCAGCCGGAGGAUUUAUGCCAUGAACUUCCAAUGACAGAACUCCUUACCCUCACAUCAUCUUCCUCCAAGGAUCUCUGGCAAAGAGCAUCCCAACAACUGCCCGAUGACGCCAGACAGAGGUUGACAGCGCUAGGAUUUACUGAGCAGACUCAGACUACCAACGAACAUCGUGUGAAAGACCUGAUCGGAGUUGUACAAGAGAAAGAAGACAUGUGCAAACAAAAGAAAUGGAAGGUGACCUUUGCUGGACAUGAGAUCAUCAUAGGAGAUUAUGCUGUCAAGGCCGCGACUUGGCUACAAAAGAUCGGCGAUAUAGUUAUCCCAUUUGCACCGCCACAGGCAUCACCUCCGUGGGGUUUAGUCAAGGCUAUUUUACAGAUCCCAAUCAAUGCCAAUGAGCAAAUGUUUGCCGUCCUGGCAACGACAGAGAAGGUUGUCCAAGUGAUUUUCCACUGCCAGGUAUACGAGUCAGUCUACCAUCGUGAUCAGCUUCCAGAGGAUAUGCUGCAGGCAUUGCAUGAUGCUCUGAUCGCAGUCUACAAGACUUUACUGGAGCUUCUAUUGCAUACAAAGGAUUUACUAUCGCAGUCAACAUUUAAGCAGUUUAUGCGGUCAAUCGUGAGCCCGAGUGAUGGGCUCUUCUCCAGCGUAUCAAGUCAAGAAGCUAAGCUCCGGGAGACAGUGCAGUCGUGCGAAAUCCGACGAAGUGCAGAUGUUGAUGGGACGUUGCUCAGGGAACUGCAUGCCAUCCAGGCUCCAGUAGCACGCAUCGAUUUUCGCAUUGAGGCUUGCUUUCAGAAAAUGGACAAGAGGGACUCGCUGGCACUUCUAGAGUGGAUUUCAAAUGAGCCUUACACCACAUACCACGAAUCAGUAAAGGAAAGACGGACAGACAAUACCGGAGAGUGGUUGCUACGUCAUCAGGACUUUCGCGAAUGGGAAGAUAGCAGUUCAUCCGCCGUAUUAUGGCUUCGAGGUUUGGCCGGUGUUGGCAAGACCUGUUUGGCUUCAAAGGUAAUUGAUCAUGUCAAGGAUACCCUUUCACAAGGGAAGAACCACGAAGGGUUUGCCUUUUAUUACUGCAGCCGAAACGACGGCCGUCGCAGAGACCCCCUUUCGGUUCUGAGUAGUUUUGUCCGACAGCUUUCUACCACAUCGAACGACCCCUAUAAUAUCCAAAAAAGCCUUCGAGAGACAUCCCUCAAUCUUUUCCCAAAAACGACUAUGGUGCUUGAUGCACUCGAUGAAUGUGACUCAGCAACCCGCGGUGUACUCAUCACCUUCCUUGAUGGUCUCUUGAGUGCUGCUAAAAACCCAGUCAAAGUCUUUGUUGUCAGCCGCCCAGAUGAAGAUAUUCGCAAUCAAUUUUUGACCCGACCUAACAUCGAGAUCCAAGCAAAUGACAACCAUGCCGAUAUUGAGUUGUACCUCAAUGCAAGAAUAUUGGAGCUGGCCCAAUCCAAUAAGGCCCUCCUAGCUUGGAAGAACCAGAUUACCGCAAGACUUUUAGAGCAUUGUGAUGGAAUGUUUCAGUGGGUAUACCUACACCUCGAGCAACUGAGAAAUUGUAAAACCGAAGAGGCGGUUUCCGGUCGCUUGAAUCAUGUGCAAAAACUCCCCAAAGGCUUAAGAAGCACUUAUGAUGACAUUUUUCAGGAGAUUCAGGAUCUGGAAGAGUCAGACUAUCAUCUGGUCCGGCGCGCCAUGAUGUGGGUGACGUGCGCCUACACGCCAUUGUCCAGUGAGGAAUUAUUGUGUGCCAUUCGAAUGAUUCCACAACAAAACGGAUUACAUCUGUCCAGCUGCAUCAGCGAAGACUCCUUAUUAUCUCUAUGCCGAAAUCUUCUGGUCAUUGACUCCCAGACCAACAAGUGGCGUCCCUCCCACGCAUCGGUAGUGGAUUACUUGGAGAGCUUCCAUUGGAAAAUCAUAGACGCGCACAUAUACGCCGCCACCACCUGUGUGGCUUUUCUUCUCGAGCCAUUGGACCGACAAAAAGAAACCCCAGGGAGCGACGAGAUGCCAAAUACGCUACAAUGUUCGGAUCAGAUCGAAAUUGACGUCCAUCCUUUUGGAAACGAUGCAGAUUUGGAUUUCCUGACCACGCCUCUAGAAGAGGCUGCGUGGUAUGGCCGUCCCGAGGUUUUCAAAUGCCUGACACUGGAUGUUACACCAGAUCUCAAAUGA